AUGCGUGUCGCACUCUUUGUUGCCGGUGCGCUUGCCGUCUGCGCCGCUGCAAACGCCGUGGCACCGCAAAAGCGGGGUGAUCACCAUAUCAAGUCUACCAUUUACCUGAUCCGUCACGGCGAAAAGGUCGAUGACGACACGACAGGUCUGUCGGACGCGGGAAAGAGCCGUGCCAACUGCAUCGCCGAUAUUUUCUCGCAGAGUUCGAUGAAGCCUGACUUUAUUAUGGCACAGGACUACAAGUCAAACGGCAAGCGCAUUCGCCCUUACGACACGGUCAAGCCACUCGCUGACAAGAUGGGCCUUGCCGUGGACCAUUCGUGCGACCGCGAUGACGAGGACUGCGCGGCGGAUCUCAUCAAGAGGGCCGCAAAAAAUGGUGCGAGGCGGAUCCUCGUGUGCUGGGAGCACAAGGUGCUGAGCGACAUUGCCCACAAGCUCGGUGUGGACGACCUCGACUACCCCUCGGACCGCUUUGACAUUGUGUUCCAGAUGUACAACGGCGAGAUGCAGCGCAUUUUCUCGGAGGAAUGCCCGGGCCUCGAUGACAAGUUCCAAGGCUGGACAGGCAACAAGGACUCGGACCUGAUUGAUGACGAUGACUGGGCCGAUGGCGCUGGCCACUAG